ACAGCUUCUGACACUGCAUUAGGUGUAAUGAAGUAACAGGGGAAAGCAAGAACCCUAAAUUCAGGUCUUGGAGGGUUAAAGAUCCGUUAAACCAGAAGGCUGAUCUGACAGUUUUUACUUAUGCAAAAUUCCCACUGCAGUCACAGGAUUCCCACUGGAGGAAGAAAUGUAGCAUUAGGCCCUACCUGGGCACUCUGAGAAGUACUGAGGAUCUCCGAUAUGGUUUCCCUUCCAGGACACACAAACUAGUCCACUCUAUGAACCACUGCCCUGCAAAAUUUCAUUUAAAAAUAAUGAAGCAGCUGUGACUUAAAGGAGCUCCGAAAGCAUAACUCUUACGUCACAAUAUCCAAACUCAUUUUUUGUAGCAGAGAGCCUCUGGGUACUGCUAACCAGCUUCCACUUUCCAUCCCUCUGGUGAGCGAAGUGCUCCCUGUGCAUGUUUUCCUGCCUCACUGGCCUAGCAUGAAGCUGAACUAUUUCUAGUAAAGCUCUUUGGGUUCCUUGGAUGAAAGGCACUAUCAAAGGGCAUGGUGGUAUUUUCUUUUUAAUGCAGGGGUGAGAUCUUGACACACAGAGCCAAGUACUCCUUUCAUUUACACACAUGCAGUUGCACUGAACCAAAUUGACGUGCUCAGUGUAACUGAGAUGAGAAUUUGUCUCCAAGUUCCCGCCCCUAGUAAAUCUGUAUGAUCCAUUUAUAAAUCCCUGAAAACGGACUGAUAAUGGGAAAGAAUGAAAAAUUUCUUGUUCUCUAGUGACAAAUCACAGUUUUUAAAGUAUGGCAUACAUCAGGUACAUUUCCCUUCUUACGUUUCCCUAAAGUGUUUGACUCAGUACCAUGUGAUAUUUUUAUUAAAAAUCUAGACUGAUAUAAAAUGAGUAUGGUAUACAUUAAUUGGAUUAAAAGCUGUCUAAUUGGUAGGUCUCAAAAUGUAACUGUAAAUGGGGAAUUAUCAUUGAGUUGGUGUGUUUCUAGUUUCCUUCAGGGAAUGGUUCUUGGUCCUACACUAUUUAAGAUUUUUAACAAAGACCUGGAAGGAAACAGGAAAUCAUCACUGAUAAAGUUUACAGUUGACACAAAAAUUGGGGGAGUGAUAAAUAAUGAAGAGGACAGGUCACUCAUACAGUGUGAUCUGGAUCCCUUGGUAAACUGGGUGCAAGGAAACAAUAUGCAUUUUAAUACUGGUAAAUGUAUACAUUUAGGAACAAAGAAUGUAGCCAUACUUACAGGAUGGGGGACUCUAUCCUAGGAAGCAAUGACUCUGAAAAAGAUAUUGACAUUCAUGGUGGAUCAUCAGCUGAGUAUGAGCUCCCAGUGAAAUGUUGGGUCAAAAAGGGCUAAUGCGGUCCUGGAAUGCAUAAACAGGGGAAUCUUGAGUAGGAACAGAGAGGUUAUUUUACCUCUGUAUUUGACACUGAUGCAACUGCUGCUGGAAUACUGUGACUAGUUCUGUUGUCCACAUGUCAAGAAGGAUGUUGAUAAAUUAGAGAGGGUUCAGAGAAGAGCCAUGAGAAUGAUUAAAGGAUUAGAAAACAUGCCUUAUAGUGAUUAGACUCAAAGAGCUCAAUCAAUUUAGCUUAACACAGAGAAAGUUAAGGGGUGACUUGAUUACUGUCUAUAUUCUGUAAGUACCUACAUGGGGAACAAAUAUUUGAUGAUGGGCUCUUCAAUCUAGUAGAGAACAGAGUAACAUGAUCCAGUGGCUAGAAAUUGAAGAUAGACACAUUCAGACUGGAAAUAAAGCAUAAUUUUUUUUUAACAGUGAGGGUAAUUAAUCCUGUUGGAAUAGUUUACCAAGGGUGAUAGUGGAUUCUGCAUUAGAGGCAAUAUUUAAAUCAAGAUUGGAUUUUUUUAAAAAGUUAGGCUCUAGGAAUUAUUUUGGGGAAGUUCUAUGGCUUGUGUUGUACAGGAGGUCAGACCUGAUCAUCACAAUGGUCCCUUCUGGCCUCUCAGGCGUAACAAAUAUAAUAUUCAGAUGUCCUCAUCUGUAUAGUCCAUAUCAAUGCAUUUGUGCAAAGUUUCCUGCAGGGAGAGGAGAUUGACACUUGAUCUUAGGAUGGGACCUUAGCUACAACUUUAUUAUUAUUAUUUAUUAUUUGUAUUAUGGUAGUGUCUGGAGACCUCAGCUAAGAUCAGGGACCCAUUGUUCUGGGAACUAUACAAACACAUGGUAAGAGACAGAUCUUGUUCCAAAGAGAUUAUAAUCUAAAAUCCCAAUCCUGUAAAUACUUACACACACGCUUAUCUUUACUCCUCAGAGUAGCCCCGUUAAGUCAGAGGUACAGCUCACAUAUACAAAGUUAUUCACAUACUUAUGUCUUUGUAGGAUGAGGGCAAAAAUAGACAAGACAGGAUGGGAAAAGGUUGUAGUAUUAUCCUCAUUUUACAGAUUGGGAACUGAAGCAGAGAGACACUAAGGUUCCAGUCCUGCAAACAGUUAUGCAUGUUUAAUAUUAAUAUUAGUUGUGUGAGUAAUUCCAUUGAACCAAUGGGGCCCUGGAUUGAAAUUCAGGUGAUAUGGGUUCAAUACCUAACUCUGCUGUAUAUUUUAUGCAUGACCUUGGACAAGUCGUUUAAGUUCUGCUCCUGCAAAUAUUUGAUGCAUGUGUUUAUCUGAACAGUACCUAUGUCCUUACAGUUUGACUGAUUGGGCUGUUAGUGUAAGGACCAUCCUUCCUUUCUAACCUCAACUAUGGCCACACUACUCAGAGGCUGAAUUUGAAUUGAUAGUGUGUGCUAGCUCCCCUGUUUAAUUACUACAGGACACUGAAAAUAAUACAUAAUUGGAGAUUUUGAAGAAUUUAGAGCAGGUCAGAUUCUGAUGUAUGUCAGUGUAACUCCUGAAUACUUCUAUGGACAACAGGGGAGUUAUUCGAGAUUCACACUGGGUUAAUCUGGAUCAGAACCUGGCCCACUUUGUGUACGUCGCUCGCUUGUGUACGCUUUAUAAUACCCUUGCUAAAUUCUAUUUGUCAGGGUUGCAUUUUUCUUUGCUGGCCAAGUAAAAUAUCAUGACAGCAAGGGCAGGUGAGUUGCUUUUCUGCCUAACUUUCAGGAUGGUUUUUCCACAGGGCGUUAAUUUAUUUUAUUCUACCGCAAGUGGCCAUUGGGUACCCAUCCCCAAUGGGGCACUUUUACGAGGCUUACGUUCAAGGUCCCGAGGCUAACCAUCCCCCGGGGAGAAAGCCAGUGUUGUGCAUAAAAGAGGAGAGGGCUGGCCCAUCCUGCAGCGCACGAAGGGUUAACGGGUGGGUCAAGGAGAAGCCCCGUCCCGCAGGGCAGCGUCCUGGUGCAGAAGAGGCUCGAUUACUUGAGGAAAAUGGAAACAGAUGAGGCUCAAGAUAUGUCCCAGGUUUCAGGAAAGGAAAGUCCUCCAAUAAGUGAUGUCCCAGAUGAUGCAGAUGAGCCCAUGCCUGUACCAGAAGACCUUUCAACCAGUACAGGAGGACAGCAGAAGAAUGACAGAGUUUUGGCUACCUAUGGGGCUGAAGGCUUUAGAGAUUUUCACGCAAUAAUUCCCAAAUCUUUUUCCUCCAGUAAUAUUAAAAUAGAGACUCAGAGUGAUGAAGAGAAUGGGCGUGCCUGUGAAAUGAAUGGGGAAGAAUGUGCGGAGGAUUUACGAAUGCUUGAUGCCUCUGGAGAGAAAAUGAAUGGCUCACACAAUGGCCCAGGCAGCAAAGCUAUGUCAGGAGUUGGAGGCAUUCGACUUCCUAACGGAAAGCUAAAAUGUGAUAUCUGUGGGAUAAUUUGCAUCGGUCCCAAUGUGCUCAUGGUUCACAAAAGAAGCCACACUGGGGAACGCCCUUUCCACUGCAGUCAGUGUGGAGCCUCCUUUACUCAGAAAGGCAACCUCCUCCGCCACAUAAAGUUGCAUUCAGGCGAAAAACCCUUUAAAUGUCACUUGUGCAACUAUGCCUGCCGACGCAGGGAUGCCCUCACGGGCCACCUGAGGACUCAUUCUGUUGGCAAACCUCACAAAUGUGGAUACUGUGGCCGAAGCUAUAAACAGCGCAGCUCUUUAGAAGAACAUAAAGAACGCUGCCACAAUUACCUGCAAACCAUGAGCCUCUCAGGCAGCUUGUAUCCAGUAAUAAAAGAGGAAACUAACCAGAGUGAAAUGGCUGAAGACUUGUGCAAGAUAGGGUCAGAGAGAUCCCUCGUGCUGGAUAGACUAGCAAGUAACGUCGCCAAACGUAAGAGCUCUAUGCCUCAGAAAUUUGUUGGUGAGAAAUGCUUGUCUGAUGUUCCAUACGAUGCCACCACUAAUUAUGAGAAGGAGAGUGAGAUGAUGCAGACUCAUGUUAUAGACCAGGCCAUUAACAAUGCCAUCAGUUACCUAGGGGCAGAGUCUUUGCGUCCCCUUGUGCAGACACCUCCAGGCAGCUCUGAAGUAGCACCUAUUAUCAGCUCCAUGUAUCAACUCCACAAGCCUCUUGGGGACAAUCAUGCUCGUUCCAAUCAUACUGCUCAGGACACCGCAGUGGAAAACUUGUUGCUGCUUUCCAAAGCCAAAUCCAUCUCCUCUGAAAGGGAUGCCUCCCCCAGCAACAGCUGCCAAGACUCAACAGAUACAGAGAGUAAUAAUGAGGAGCGCAGCGGUUUAAUUUACCUGACGAAUCACAUAGUUCCCCACGCAAGAAAUGGCCUGUCUAUAAAAGAAGAACAGAGGCAAUAUGAAGUCCUGAGGGCAGGUACUGACAAUUCCCACGAUGCUUUCAAAGUGAUCACCAGCAAUGGGGAGCAAGUAAAAGUUUACAAGUGCGAACACUGUAGAGUUCUUUUCUUGGAUCAUGUGAUGUACACCAUCCACAUGGGCUGUCAUGGGUUCCGCGAUCCUUUCGAAUGCAACAUGUGUGGCUACCACAGCCAGGACAGAUAUGAAUUCUCUUCUCACAUAACACGAGGGGAGCACCGUUUCCACAUGAGUUAAAACCCCUCCCACACAGAUGCGAUCUUGUCAGCUGUGCUACUGGAGCUGUAUGAAUGACAAAAAACACCAGUCUACUGGACAGUAAAAGCAUCCAGAAAUGAAAAUUAGAAGACCUGGCCCAAGGAGUUUUCUCCUCUUGGUAGCAUGUAUUGCAACUUAAUUUUAUAAAAUGCAUAUUGAUGUUUUUAUUGAAAAUAUUUGGAUCACCAAACCUUUAGUAAGUAGAAGCUUUUGUAGUCAGGUAGCUGAAUCCACUUCCUUCUAGCGACUGCUUUCUGCAGACCUCUCUCCCCAACAGUUAGCAUGUGCACAAUGCACAAAAACUUGGCUGAGGGCUAGAAAGGCCUUGUGCUAACAUGCUGAGAAUCAGGCUCUUACACCAGACAUACUUUUUUUUUUGACUUCCCAUUAUUACUUGGGUUACUGGGAAGACUUAAUUAAAAUAAAGACAAAGCGGCCCCACCAGAACCCUUGGGUGGUGCCAUGGAGACAUGGAAUGGUGUUGUGAGCCUAGACUCUUGACUGGCACUGUUUUAGUAGUGAAGUAAAAUAACACAAUAGCACACGCCAAGGUGUGGAUUUUCUUGCCAGCAUGGCAUACCUUAUUUCUAUCGUGAGGCAUAAGGCCAGUUGUUUGAAGUACGUGAGAAACACCCUUGUCAUACAUACUCUGGAGUGGAAAUUGCAUUUAUUUGGAGAAAAGGGUUUUGUUGACCUUUAAAAUAAAUAUUUUCCCUCCCUAUUCAAUAAAAACUCACUUUUUCCUUAAAAAUAUAAGGUUUAAAAAUCUUUCCGCAUAAGAAAACAGCCAUUUAUGUAGGAUUUUUUAAAAGGAGUUUUAAUUAUUUAGAAAAAUAUGAUAUUCAGUAGGAGAGAGAAAAUGUUUGGAGAAUAUUUUUAUGCACUCUUCUUUUGUUUUGGGGGCAAAAUUUUUACAGCUGGCUGCAAAAUUUCCAAUUCACCCAUUUUGCAUAUGAAAAUGCCCAUUCUGCACCGCAAGUCCUCUGGCUAAUUUUGUGGGCUGUGUCUGGAAAAUUUAGCCCACAAUGAUUUUUUAUUUUAAAGCACUGAGAUGAAUUCAACAGCCAUUUAAAAAACGUAUAGUGCCCAUCCCCGCUUUUCUCUAAAAUUAACUAUUCAUUAAGGGAUCCAUCCUGCAAGAUACUGAGCACUCUGGCCCCAAUCUAGCAGAGCACUUCAACAUUUGCCUGAGUCGUCACAUGAACAUACAUGGAACUAUUCUUAUGCUUAAAAAUAAUCCCAAAUUUAAGGGGUUUUGUGCUGGAUUGAGGCCAGAGCAAGGAUCAAGCCCUAUGAAACCAAAAACAUUUAUUCUAUCUUUUUUUCCCCCUCUCAUGCAGAGCCCCCUUCUUGGCGAGACCCUCCCAACUAGCUGUUUAAAUUCCAGUAAAAUGAAGAGACAUCUGACGCACAAAGACAGCUGAUAGUAAAAACUGCCAAUCUGUUUGUCUCUUCUUUAAUUCCUCUUCCAAAUAGCUCAUUCCUCUCCCCAAACAGCCUACCGGCUUUAAGACUGGUAAUAGUGAUAUUUAUGCAACUUGGUUAAGAAUCGCUCUGCAGAGCUGGAAUAUUUCCACAACAGUACAGGUAAUAAUAACUAAUGGAUUGAGUUGCCCGACCCAUUGAAUGUACAAACAUUUCCACUGUAUAAGAGAUUGGUACUACCCCAUAAACAAAAUACAUAUAUUGCAACAAGACCAUUUCUUAAAUCUUGUAAUACUAUUAUGUAUUAUAUAUAGAGUCAUUCAUAUUAUGGACCAAAUUCAGUAGAACUAGUGCACUUGCACCAAGGAUGAAUGGGGUCCAAUGGGUGUAUAUAUUUCAUAUGUCUAUUAUAUAUAAACAGACAGAGGGGUCCUGGUUCUGCUUUCACUUAUGCAGCUGUAAAUCAAGAGCAACUCCAUGGAGGCAACGGAAUGAUACUAGUGUAAGUGAGAUUUAAAUAUGUUUUACACGUCAAACCCUCCCCCCCCCACACACACAUUACUUUGUUAUAUUGUACAUUCAUUCCUAACUAUAAGAAAUUUACUUUGUAAAAGCCAAGCUCCUUGGAUCACAAGGGUGAUAUUACAUAGAAAGAAUGUAUAUAAUGCAUGGACUGUGUAAACACACGCAAACACACUUAUGCACAUACACUGGUGAAACAUCUUAAAUUGCUGGUAGGAUACCAGAAAAGAGACAGUAACAUAAACUAUAGCCCUGAUUAUGACCUUACACUGGUUAAAUUCCAUUGACUUCAGUGGAGGUACUCCUGGUUACAGUCUGGCCCCUACGCAUCAGGCAGGGCAAAGCCAAGAGGGGCAAUGCUAUUCACUUUUUGUGCCAAAAAGAUUUCCUCACUGAGUCUGUUGCAAAUCCUGUGUCAACAAAGACUGUACAUACUGGUGAGCCAAUAGCAUUUAAACAUGCUUCUAGGAAGAAUCUGAUAUUAAAACUACAAGGGAGGAGCAGACAUAACUUACACUAAGAGGAGUUCUUUUUUUAUUUCAUAGUUUACAUUCUAUUUCUUUUGAAUUUUCAUGCUUUUACAGGGCCUAAUUCAUCCUCACACCUUCAUUGCGAGCUGUUCCCCCUGCCGUUCUGACCAGGGAGGUACACGGUCAUUGCUGAGAGUCUCUUCAGUGACCUCUUUGCGUCAGUGGCAGAUGACUGGACAGCUGAGCUACCUUAAUCGCCUGGAAACAGGGAGCUGGUUCUGUUACUGAUAUUCAUGGCCCUCUCACAGUUUAAAGUGUUAUACAAUCUAUACACCGGUUAUUUUUAGCUUUUGAAAAAAUAUCUUUUUCUUAACACAGUUCAGACCAUAAGGAAACUUUCUUUUAGGGCAUUUCUUUGCUAAAGCCCACAAAAUAAAGGGCCAAAGUCACUACUGAUGUAAGCAGGCACCUCUCUAGUGAACUGGUGCCCACUUAAGAGAUGUGUGGAUUCUGGCCUUUAGGGUGAAACGUUUAAUUAUAAAAUUUCUGAUUCAGAGGAUUUCUCUGCAUUUAAAUGGGUUGGGGGCUACAUCACUUGUUUUCUCAACAUGCACACACAAGUGUGUGGUUGUGUGGCUCAUACAUAACUAGAUAGAGUUAUGUAUCAUAUGAUAAUUUUCACAGUGGAUGUGUUUCUUGGCUCUAGGCUUUUCCUAUUUAUAUGAGAGUAUGUGAAUGUUGUACAAUAAAUAAUACAGUUGUAUAAUUUAGCUUAUUAAUAAGAUACAGUGUAUCAGAAGGAGUAGCAUAACAGCAGUAGCCGCAGCAUUCCUUGUUUGUAGAGGGGCUUUUGUUUCACACUGUUUGCACAAAAAUCAGCCUCUCUUUGUUUGGAAAUAAAUGUAUUGAUAAUUUUAUUUAUGGGGAUGAAUACAGGAGGGAAAAACGAUCCAUGUACUAGGAGCUCAUCUGUCUGCAGUUAAACAAAUUGUGCCCGUAGAUAACCAUGUUAGUGUAACCUCCCUUUUCUCCUCCUAUGCUCUGGUGUACCAGCCUAUCAUGGUUUAUCUCUACCUUAAAAAAAAAAAAAAAAGAGUAAACAUGUUGAACGGCUUUAAGUUAAGUUGAUACCUGUUUUAAAAAAGAUGUAAAUAGCAACGUAGUAAAAACUGCUUUUCAGAAUUUUUUCCACAGCUGGUUUCUUCCCCCCCCCCCCCCCCGCCUUUUAUAUCUGAUAUAUAAACAAGUUGUAUUUACACAUUUUUUUGUUGUGAAUUUAUAUUGUAAACCCCAUUUUCUUUAAAACCAUUGUAUUUACAUUGCAGAUUUUUAUGAAAUUUGCUUGAUUUUUUUUUAAUUAAAUUAUGUCUGGAAGGUGA